CUGCACCAGUCCUCAGUACACAGAAACUACCAAAAAAAAAAAAAAAACACAUUCCAACCAUUGAUUGGUGAUGAGAUUCAUGAUGGCUUGAUAAGAUGAUUGUGAGUGAACAUUGUGAACUGAAACAUCAGAAGAAGGAAAGGAAACGGCAGCUCUCCAAUGGCUAUACAAUGUAUACAACAGCACUUCAUGAAGUGUAGUGUUUCAUGAUCAUCCGGGCUAGCUUCUUUGUUGUUGCUUCCGUCGCAGCUCUUGCACUCUCGAGCAUAAGCAUUCGAUCUCCAAGAAGACCAAAAUCAAUGGUCGAUGGAGGCAAUGGAAGUUCGAGCCAUUGUGAGGAAGGAAGCGAAGAGAAGGAGAAACAGAAGGCAGAGAAUCGUAAACCUCUGGAUGAAGAAAUCCAAGAAGAGAAACAAGUCAAGAUCCUGAGUUUAACUAAGGAACUGAAGCGGAGGAAGAUAGAACUUGAGUGCAGAUUGUUUGAGCUGUAUGGCCUGAAAGAAGAGUAUUCCUACAUUGCCCACCUGAGGAAAGAGCUGACAGUCAAAACAGCUGAGACCGAUGGGCUUAAUCUCGCCAUUGAUUCCAUUCAGGCCGAAAACGAGAGACUCAAGGACGACAUCAGAGAGGUUUUCUUGGCGGAGAAGCAACUCGAGGCUGCGCAGAAGAGAGCCAAUGAAUUGGAAGAAAAGUUGGUUUUCAAUGCGAAUCGAUUGAAAGGUCAAUUGGAGAAGCUUGAAGGGCAAGUCUCUCGUUUCCAGAAGAGUUCGAAGAGAUGUGCUGAUGAUCCUGCAAUUGAGAAGAAGCUCAGCAAUUUUAGUCGGUUGGAGCUAGAGGUCUUGGAGAUGAGAAGGAAGAACAAGGAAUUAGAACUCGAAAAGCGGGAGCUUAUGAUAAUGUUAAACGCUACUCACUCCCGAACUUCGAAUCUUUCAAAAACUGCUGAGAGUGAAGUUAUGAGCAGGGUCGCAGCAGAGGCGAGCGCCUUAAGAAACUCGAACAAAGAAUUAUUGAAACAGGUUGAGAGGUUGCAGAAGCAAAGGUUCGGGAUGGUGGAAGAGCUCGUUUACCAGCGGUGGCUCAACUGUUGCCUGAGGUUUGAGGUUCACCAAAAAAACCUGAAAAGAGACUUCAAGAUGUACUGCCUUGGCGAGAACAACUCAAGCCUGCAAUUGGGAGACGGCUCUACUUCUUCUCAGACGUCAGGCUCGGAUAAUACUUUCAUUCCGAAUUCUUCGGGGCAGCCAGAGCAGCAUUUCUGAGAGGGCUAGUCUGGCUCACAAAGCAAAGAAAUGGGGUAGAAGCAAGAUCGAUUCAAACAAGAGCAGUAGACUCAUUCGGAGGUUUUCCACCUCGAAAUUGCCAUCGAAGAUAAUCACGCCGAAGAAGGGAGGAGACGCUGUGAAUGCAAAAAAGGUUGGUUCAGUUUUUACUGAUUCUCCAGAGAAGCCGAGGUUCCCGCGCCCGAGGAGAGUUUCAUUCAAUGCCAUUGUCAGGAAACUCGAACCGGAAUUUCAAGAAACAGUGAGCGAAGAAGAAAUGGAAUACGAGGAACCGGAUUUGGAUCAGACCGAGCAAGCUUCACUAACAUACCCUACUGAAAUCUUCUCAAGCGUUUUAAUUAACGGAAAACGGGAUGUAGUAGUACACCCUGCCAUCCCGAGUUAUCUGACCGAGAGUGUGAUCACCGAGAAAGAGGCCGAAACUAGCAGUGAAGCCGAGGACCUGGAUGCAAGAACUUCCAAUGGCUUCUCUGAUCAGAGCCAGAGGAGAUCCGAAGUCCACAUUGUCAAGUUGAUAGCAGCCUUCUCUGCUCUCGUCUUCGUAUUACUACUACUCUGUCUUCGACUCGUCGAUUUUCGGGGUUCGAGAGCUUAGCUUAUGUUCCCUCGAAAACAAAUUUCUCGUGAAGAAUGGUUUAAGUACUGACCAAGUAUCAUUACAAUGUCAUGUCUGGUUCGGACAUUUCGUCUACCUUAUUUAGUAAAAACAUGUAAUAACCUCUGUGCAAGAAUCUAGGCCCCGCCUCGAUUUCUCACCAUUCCAAGUGUUUGAUUUCGGACUCAAGCCAUUUAUUCUAAUUCGAGACCGAUCCGAUCCUCGGGGCCUCAGAAUGUCCAUUCAAUUGCUGGUGUUCGCUGAAUAACUGACUGAUCAUUAGCCUA